CCGUGCACUUUAGCCCCUUUUAGAGGUCUGGUGUGUUGUGCUUUGACUUAGCUGCUGCGUACUGAGGGAACGUAGGCAAGCUCGGAAGUUGCAACAUGGCCAGGAUAUUCUCCCUGCUCACAAAGAAGGCAGUUACCUAUGAGGAUGUGCAUAUCAACUUUACUCGGGAAGAAUGGGCUUUGCUGGAUCCUUCCCAGAAGAGUCUCUACAAAGAUGUGAUGCUGGAGACCUACGGGAACCUCACUGCUGUAGGCUAUUACUGGGAAGACCACGGUAUUGAAGAAUAUUGUCAAAAUUUUAGAAGAAAUGGAAGGAUUUAGAAGACCACAAAUCUUCUGAAAGAGCAGAUUUCUUCCUCCUGAGAGGAUGAACCUAUGAGGAGGAAGAAUGGGGAUGGCCUCCUCUGCUUUCACUUUCCCAUCCAUGUCCUCCUGACCAGGAACUGGAAAGGAAGUUGUAUUAGAAGAGCCCAGGCCACACCAGGAGAGAGAAUAUGUGAGAAAUAAGGUCUCUCUCCAAACAGGUUUUCUCAUCAGUAAAUCAAAAUGCAAAAUAUUCUC